AUUUGGUUCAAUUUAGUUCUUUCGUUCGUUGGCUUAUAGCCGAAUAGGUCACUCAUGCAUGCAUGUGUUUUGUGUUUUUUAAUUUCAAAAUUAAAUUUGUUUGAAACACCAUAGCUGGGAAAAACCACCAGAUUUGUUUGUUUAUACUUUUUUUUCAUUUUAAACCAUUAAAACAUCAAAAUAACAACGACGAAUGUCAUCAUCAACAGCAUUCAAAAGUCCUGAAGAGAUGGUCGAAAGUCCAUACUAUGAUACAGAUUAUUCUAUCGAUAUAAAUAAAAAAAUGACUGUACCAAACAAAAUUAAAGCAGUAGAAGGAUCCUAUAAUGAAUUGCUUGAUGAUCCAGCCAUUUUAGCCUUUCAUGAUUCAGAAGAUAAAGCUAAAAUGAUGCAAGUACCAGAAUGUAUUCGUGUUGCAGGAGGCGAAAGUCAUAUCACAACUUCUCGGGAACCACCAUUAGAAAUUAAAUUGGAAGAUAAAUUGUUUGGUAAAUCAAACCACGAUGAAUCAUUAUUACAGCUGACUACACCGCCAAGAACACUUCGUUAUGAAGAUGCUGCACCAAUUUAUGCUGAACCUAUCAAACAAUUGGAUAAAGCUUUAAAUUCAUCAUCCAUACAAUCAUCAAAAAUGAAUAAAUCAAUGAUGGACAAUACGAUGGUAUCUCGAAUGAAUGAUUCUACCAUAAUUGAAUAUGAUGAUGUUGAUCCACAAUUAUCAUCACAGAAUUUUAUUCAUCUACGUCGCCGUGUACUUCAACUAUCACAUCGAAUCGAUGCACUGGAAAUUGAUAAUCGUCAUCGUAAUAAACGAGAUCUCAUCGUUUAUGCUAUUGGUGCAUUAUAUUUAUUGUUUCGUGGUUUAAGUUGGUUUGCAUCCAAUGGUGGUGGCGGUAGCCGUCGUGGAUUUACAUUUUAACCAAUGACGAUAAUAAUCUAUCCAAUUUAUUGGAAUGAAUGAAUUAGAUUUUUAAUCGAAAUCAUCAUAAACAGUAAUAGUUUUGAUGUAAAUAUAUCUA